UCUGCAUUUAUGUUAAAAUACCUUUAUCUUUAGGGUGGAAAAAUAUCGCCCUCAGACAUUGAACGACCUAAUUUCACACCAGGACAUUCUGAGCACGAUUCAGAAGUUUAUCAGCGAAGAUCGCCUGCCUCACCUUCUCUUCUAUGGACCACCGGGGACGGGCAAGACCUCCACAAUUCUGGCCUGUGCUAAACAGCUCUACAAAAACAAAGAAUUCAACUCCAUGGUUUUAGAGCUGAAUGCUUCAGAUGACAGAGGAAUUGAUGUAGUCAGAGGUCCUAUCCUGAGUUUUGCCAGUACAAGGACAAUCUUUAAGAAGGGUUUUAAGCUUGUCAUCCUGGAUGAAGCCGACGCCAUGACCCAAGAUGCCCAGAAUGCCCUACGGCGAGUGAUUGAGAAAUUCACCGAGAACACCAGGUUUUGCCUGAUCUGUAACUACCUCUCCAAGAUCAUCCCUGCCUUGCAGUCCAGAUGCACACGGUUCCGGUUUGGUCCCCUGACUCCAGAGCUCAUGGUUCCCAGGCUGCAGCAUGUCAUCGAGGAAGAGAUGGUUGACGUAAGUGACGACGGGAUGAAAGCACUGGUGACCCUCUCCAGUGGCGACAUGCGCAGAGCACUGAAUAUUUUGCAGAGCACUACCAUGGCCUUCGAGAAAGUGACCGAGGACACUGUGUACACGUGCACUGGACACCCCCUGAAGUCUGACAUCGCCAACAUUCUCGACUGGAUGCUGAACCAGGACUUCACCACCGCCUACAAAAAAAUCAUGGAGCUAAAGACGCUGAAAGGUUUGGCUCUGCAUGACAUCCUGACAGAGAUCCACUUGUUUGUGCACCGAGUGGACUUUCCUCCUUCUGUGCGAAUCCAACUACUGAUCAAAAUGGCAGACAUCGAGUGUUUUAGCAGAGGUGGGAGCAUAAUUGUGUAUUUCCAGAAACAACUAGUGAUAUUUGUUAAACAAGAUUUUGCCCAGCUUGCGAUUCAGCUAAGCUCCCUUAUUGCUGCUUUCCAGAUCACCAGGGACUUGAUUGUAGCUGAAGCUUAGGUCCAGUGGCUUCCAUGGAAGCACAAUUUACACCCCCAUCUUCCCUCUCCCUCCCAAGAAAUAAAAGAAUGUCCUUGUCUGAA